AUGGCUUUAGCACUCGUUGAAAUAUAAAACCCUUAACCCCUCUCCUCCUUGUUUGUGUUGAGCAAACUGGUGCAAAUUCUCGAUUAUUGUGGUUAUGAAUUUAUAAUAAUGGAAUUGAAGAAGAGUUACAAGUGUGUCAAGUCUCUUGAGCAAUUCUACACUGGAGGCCCUUAUGUUGUUGCCUCGGAUGGUUCGUUUAUGGUAUGUGCGUGUAAUGACACAAUUAAGCUGGUCGAGUUAUCCUCUUCGAUGAUAAAAUCUACAAUAGAAGGCGAUUCUGAACCAGUGACAGCUCUUGCUCUUAACCCUAAUACUAAUAAUAUCCUCUUUUCUGCUAGCCAUAGUCGCCUAAUUACAGUUUGGGACCUUUCCACCCUCAAAUGCCUACGCUCUUGGAAGGGGCAUGAAGGACCUGUAAUGGGGAUGGCUUGUGAUGCAUCAGGUGGAUUGCUCGCAACAUCAGGGUCUGACGGGAAUGUUCGCGUAUGGGAUGUGGAUGGGGGAUUCUGCACUCAUCAGUUCCAAGGUCAUAAAGGGGUUGUCACCACCGUUAUGUUUCAUCCUCACCCGGACCGCCUGCAGUUGUUCUCUGGUGGUGAUGAUGGUUUAGUAAGGGUCUGGGAUCUGACACAAAAGGCAAAAAAGAAAUGUCUGGCAAAACUAGAGAAACAUCAAUCAACCGUCACUUCCAUGGCAAUAUCCGAUGAUGGAUGGACUUUGAUCACUGCAGGGAGAGACAAGGUUGUGAAUUUGUUUAACUUGCAUGACUACGGCUGCCUGACCACAAUACUAACACUUGAGUCAGUUGAAACCGUGUGUAUAAUUGGUUCAGAGUCUCCUUUCGCUGCAUGCCUAGCUUCAUCAAAACAUCCGCAGGCAAAGAACAGAAGUGAUGUACCAUCAAUUAAUUUCAUCACAGUUGGUGAGCGUGGAUUGGUGCGGAUAUGGAGUUCUGAUAGGGCACUGUGCCUCUUUGAGCAGAAAAACUCCGAUAUCACCAUAAGCUCUGACAAUGAAUAUUCAAAGAGGGGCUUUAUUUCUGCUUUGAUUUUGCCUGCAAGUCAAGAGUUGCUCUGUGUUACAGCAGACCAGCAGUUUUUUCUCUACUAUCCAGAGGAAUCUGUAGGUAGUAUGAAUCUACCUCUUAGGAAGAGGUUUGUUGGAUACAAUGAAGAGAUUGCAGACAUGAAAUUUUUGGGUGAUGAUGAACAGUUCCUUGCCGUCGCAACAAGUGUAGAGCAGGUACGGGUAUACGAUCUUGAAUCAAUGUCGUGCUCUUAUGUAUUGUCUGGGCACACUGAUGUUAUUUUGUGUCUUGAUACCUGUGUAUCAAGUUCUGGAAGAACACUAAUAGUAACGGGGAGCAAGGACAACAAUGUUAGGUUAUGGGAUUGCGAGAACAAGUCUUGUGUUGGCGUAGGCAUAGGUCACAUGGGAGCUGUUGGUGCUGUUGCUUUUUCAAAGAAGCAACGAAACUUCUUCGUGAGUGGUAGUAGUGACCAUACUCUCAAGGUAUGGAAUAUGGACGGUGUCUCUGGCAACAAUGAAGAAAUUAUGACUCUGAAAGCAAAAGCAGUUGUAGCAGCACAUGACAAGGAUAUUAACUCUUUGGCAAUAGCACCAAAUGACAGUCUUGUUUGCAGUGGUUCCCAGGAUCGCACUGCCUGCAUAUGGAGACUUCCAGACCUAGUGUCAGUGGUUACACUGAAAGGGCAUAAAAGGGGGAUAUGGUCUGUGGAGUUUUCUCCAGUUGAUCAUUGCGUGAUAACAGCUUCUGGAGAUAAGACGAUAAAGAUAUGGGCCAUAUCUGAUGGAUCAUGUCUUAAAACAUUUGAAGGGCAUACAUCAAGUGUGUUAAGAGCAUCGUUUCUUACCCAUGGAACUCAGUUUGUUUCUUGUGGUGCUGGUGGUUUGAUGAAGUUGUGGACAGUUAAGACCAAUGAGUGUAUUGCAACAUAUGACCAACAUGAGGAUAAGAUAUGGGCCCUUGCUAUUGGUAAGAAAACAGAAAUGCUUGCAACUGGCGGUGGUGAUGCGGUGAUCAAUCUGUGGCAUGACUCAACAGCUUUAGAUAAAGAGGAAGCUUUUCGUAAAGAAGAGGAAGGCGUUCUACGGGGUCAAGAGUUAAAAAUUGCUCUAAUAGAUGCUGACUACACCAGAGCCAUCCAGAUAGCAUUGGAGCUUCGAAGACCGCAUGACCUUCUAGAUAUAUUUGGUGAAAUCAACAGGGAGAGAGAUGCUGGAGAUCUGAUAGGAAAAGCACUUGAGGCUCUUUCUAAAGAAAAGGUCUAUUUGCUUUGGGAAUAUGUGAGGGAAUGGAACACGAAGACAAAGAUAUAUCAUAUUGCACAGUUUGUUUUUUCCCAAUUGGUCAAGAUUCUUGAUACCGAGACUAUUAAGAUAAAGGGCAUUGGAGAAGCGCUUGAAGGUGUUAUUGGUUAUACUCGGAGACAUUUCAAGAGACUAGAUAGAUUAGAAAGGGACAGUUUCAUUCUGGACUUUAAUUUAGCUAGUAUGUUGGUCAUUGAGCCAGAAGGGAAUGAGGAAAAAAUUGAGAACAAGGAUGCCACACUUUCUACUGCUGCAGAUAGUGAGAAAAAAUCAUCCAAAAAGCGAAAAUUGCAUAUAUCAACACAUGUCGCCGGUAAGAAAAUGAAGGGGCCGAGUGAUACCUCACGCAGUGUAUGUUGUCGUUAAAGCAAUAAAGUAAUUUUAGAUUUUAGAAAUGAGAUACAGGGACUUGUAAUUUAUUAUUAGACUAAUUCUAUGAGGAUUUAUUAUAAGGUUAUUAGGAGAACGUAUCAUAAUAAUUUAUAUGUGAGAGCAUUUAUUAGGGAUAUAAAUCCUCCCACUUCUCUCUCCCUUUACAAA